AUGAAUGUAAAUGAUCCCAAAGUGAAGCUCGGCUCCGUGCUCGAGGAAUACCGUGAUUUCGCCAAGCAAAUUGAUCCUGCUAGCAGAGGUUUGGUUUUGUCCAAUAGCGAGAAAAUACGUCAAGUGCACAACAGUUUUGCUCGUCCGACAUUUUAUGAGCUCGAUAUCAAUAUGCCUCCAUCUGAAGACAACUAUCACUUCAUAACUUUCGUACCUGUGGGAAACAAACUAGAUGGACUUCGCGAAUUCCCACUCGAGGUUUCUAUAAUCCCUGAGGGUAAGACAUGGAUGGAAGUUAUUAGCCCCAUCAUCACUGAACGAAUGCGUAGAUUUAAUGAUGGCGACAUCAUGUUUAAUCUCAUGGCUAUAGUUGGAAAUAUGAUGGAGAAGUACACGAAACGAAGAGAAGAAAUUCUCGAGGGUAAAAUCACCUUCCCUUCCACGGAUGCAAUGUAUGAUGAGUUAGCCAUUGUGGAGAAUAAGAUCGACGAGGAGGGACACAAAAUUGAUACGUACAGAAGAGAAAAUGCUCGACGUCGCCAUAAUUAUUUGCCGUUUAUUGUCGAGAUAUUGCGUAUUCUUGCAAAGGAAGGUCGACUAGUACCAAUGGUUGAAAAGGCACAGUUGAACGCUCGGUCGCGGCUGAAGCGUGAGAACAAGCAAGCACAACAGAACUGA